AUGAAUCGCAUGUGUGCUCGGGAACGUGAACAGGAAGCACCAACGUUUCACUGCACUCCCUCCAAGCUUGACGUACAAGGAUACAAAAAGGUCCAUUCCGAAGAAGGAGGUGCUAUUUGUUGAGUCAUUGGCUUGGCAUGAAAAUUCUUGCAGACAAUACAUUGGCUGAGAAAAGAGCAAACCACUUUCCUGAUCUGUGGAAUCCAAAGCUUCUCACGCACUUUCGCAAUGAUAUGUUCACACCCAAGGCGACCGAUCAACUCAUGAGGGUGGUGAAUCAUCGUUCUCGUAGCAAGGCUGGUGAUCCUUUGGAGGAUGAUCUGAUUUGUAGAGUUGACGGUGGCUGGCGGGGAUAG